AAGAAAAUUUACUUCAAAGAGCUGCAACUUGGGCUCGGGAUGGGGGUCCGAAACAUCACUGCUGGUUUUGGAAAAGGCAACAACAAUCCGAAUAAAGGUGGCACUGGUGCUGGUUGCCCCUCUUUUCCCUUCGCCGCUGCGGAGGUACUAGUGGAAAUACCGGAAUUUCAACCUUCUCCUGCCUUUGCGAAGUCCACCGCGGGGACCGGUGGUAGACACUAUCGCAUCAAGCUCGACUUGGAAAAUCAAUACGAGUACGAGUAUUCCUUGACGAUAUUUCUCAACGAUGGCUUGCAUCCGAAUUACUUCCUCCAACGGAUUCAGGACGGUGUGAUUCUUCGCGAAGAUCUCCACAGAAGUCUCGCGUUCAACCUGGAUCACGUCGCCGCGAGAGCACCCAAGCUGAUUCUGAAAUACGUCAACAAUGGACGUCGACGAGAAGGACCCAUGGAUGAAGACGAGGACGAUGUUGUAGUUCCUGAACCGAUGGAAGGUCUUUGGACUAAAGGAAAGAAAGGAAGAGGCAAGGAUAAAGACGCUAGUAGUUGUAAAACGUCUAAGGGUGCUAGUGGUGGU